AUGCUUUUAAGACAAGACGAUCAAGAUCAAAUAGCGUAUCAUGUUACCUCCAAUCUAACUUCGUAUCAUGGUUUCAACGAAAGGUUCAAGAAAAUUUUAGAGGCUUUCAAUGACGAAUUCCAGCUGCUGUCGUGUAACAUGUUUGACUAUUUCGAUGAUUCGAAGCAGUCUACAGAGGAAUUCGAUCGUAAAAUGGAUCUGUGCUACCAGCUGAAAAACAUCAUUUCGAAACACAACUCAACUUGGCUGUUCAAUAUUGUACCAACUGGAAGCACAGUAACCGGCUUGGCUACCAAAAAUAGCGAUUUAGAUGUGGCUAUUCAUAUUCCACAGGCUGCAAAACUAUUAGAAGAAAUGCAUUCCGAUAUAUACCAUAUUGAGGAAGAGAGGAAUCGGUUAUGGAGAGGAAUGCAACUAGAAAUACUCCAAAUCGUUCGUCUCCUCUUGGAAAAUGACGAGCAGAUCAAGUCACGGAUUGAUUGGAACAAAGGGGUUCAACUGGUCCAAGCACAGAUUCAAAUUUUGAAAAUCGAAACGGUGGAUGGAAUAGAUUGCGAUGUUAGUGUCGUGAUGGAUCCUUUUCUAUCCUCGAUGCACAAUUCUUUUAUGAUUCGACAUUUUGCAAAUAUUGAUGCAAGGUUUGCUCCACUGUGCGCUGUCGUGAAGCAGUGGGCAGCUAGUUCAGGUGUCAAGAAUCCGAAAGAAGGAGGGUUCAACAGUUAUGCUUUGGUGAUUUUGGUAAUUCACUUCUUGCAAUGUGGUGCCUACCCACCAAUAUUACCUCAUCUAUCAAAGUUGUAUAAAGACGACAAUUUCAUUGCUCAAAACGACAGACAGUAUCCAUUGCGACUAGAUUUCGGUGCUCCUCUACCGAGAGCACUCCCAACGGUGUCUGCCAAUCAUUCAUCGUUGGCUCAGCUGUUUCUCGAAUUUCUCCACUAUUACCUCAAGUUUGAUUUUCAUAUGUACUUUAUUUCAAUGAGAGAUGCAAUGAUUAAAAACCGACAACAGUCGAUGCAUCCAACUGUCAAAAACGAGAUUCAAAAAGAAGUGCAUAUUGAAGACCCGUUUGAUGCUCAUAAUCCUGGAAGAACUGUAAGAUCCCUCCAUCACAUUAAGAAAGUUUUAAAAGACACAAUCAACCUGUUCAUCCCUGUUUACGUUCCUAAUGAAGAUAUCGACACUCAGAAGAAGAAUUUUCAUUUUCCCACACUGGAUGAUAUUCUCUUUAUGGCCACAUCCAAUUCUCAUCUAGAAGCUUUUGAAGAACAUGCUCAGGAUGACGAAACUCAAAAUGAAGGGCCAAGCACCUCAGGCGUUCCACCCAAUGUAAUUUCAUAG